AUGGAUAAGGACUGGAUUACAAACUGUGGGCAGGUGUACAGUGUUCUGCCUGCCUUGGGCAGAGCAGCAUCAGGGGAUCUGGGGGGCCAGGAGAGUGCUGGAAUUGUGACAAGUGAUGGCGAGUCAUCCCAGGCAUUCAAAGUGCACAAGGGAAUGGGUCUUAUAAACCACGUCUUCAGUGCAGACAGCCUGAAGAAGCUGUACCCUUCAAACCUUGGUAUUGGGCACACAAGGUACUCCACCUCAGGAAUUUCUGAGCUUCAGAACUGCCAGCCUUUUGUUGUAGAGACUCUUCAUGGGAAAAUCGCUGUGGCACACAACGGGGAGCUAACAAAUGCUGCACAACUCAGAAGGAAGCUUAUGCGGCAUGGUGUGGGACUGUCAACCAGUUCUGACAGCGAACUGAUCACCCAGCUGCUGGCUUUCACACCACCGCUGGAAAACGACGAUACGGCCGACUGGGUGGCAAGAAUAAAAAACUUAAUGAAGGAAACUCCAACUUCGUAUUCAUUGCUAAUUAUGCAUAAAGACAUAAUCUAUGCGGUACGUGAUCCGUAUGGGAAUCGCCCGCUCUGCAUUGGUCGCCUUAUUCCAGUUGGGGACAUGAAUGGAAAAGGAAAAGAUAACACUGAAACAGAAGGAUGGGUGGUUUCUUCUGAGUCCUGCAGCUUUUUGUCUAUUGGUGCAGAAUACUAUCGGGAGGUCCUUCCUGGGGAGAUAGUGAAAAUAUCCAGACAUGAUGUCCAGACACUGGAUGUUGUACGAAGAUCUGAAGGAGAUCCGUCAGCAUUCUGCAUCUUUGAAUACGUUUAUUUUGCAAGGCCAGACAGUAUUUUUGAAGGUCAGAUGGUAUAUUCAGUCCGCAAAAGAUGUGGGCAGCAGCUUGCGAUUGAAGCACCUGUGGAAGCAGACCUGGUCAGCACUGUUCCAGAAUCUGCAACCCCAGCAGCUCUUGGUUAUGCUCAAAAGUGUGGAUUACCGUAUGUUGAAGUACUCUGUAAAAAUCGAUAUGUAGGGAGAACAUUUAUCCAGCCAAAUAUGAGGUUACGGCAGCUUGGUGUUGCAAAGAAGUUUGGUGUUCUGUCUGACAAUUUUAAAGGCAAACGAGUUGUUAUCAUUGAUGAUUCAAUUGUGAGAGGCAAUACCAUUUCACCCAUAAUAAAACUACUGAGAGAAUCAGGAGCCAAAGAGGUGCACAUCCGUGUAGCUUCACCUCCUAUAAGAUUUCCUUGUUACAUGGGAAUAAACAUUCCAACUAAAGAAGAACUCAUUGCCAACAGACCUGAAUUUCGUGAUCUUGCAAACUAUAUAGGAGCAGACAGUGUUGUCUAUCUUUCUGUGGAGGGGCUGGUAUCAUCUGUGCAAGAAAGCAUCAAAGCAAGACAAAACAACCCCAAAACCGACAAGUCAUUUAUUGGAAAGCUUGGUCAUUGCACAGCGUGUCUCACUGGAGACUAUCCUGUUGAGCUAGAAUGGUGA